AUGGAUAAGAAGACACAGGAGCUGCUGAAAAGGCCACUUUACGUGUACGACCUCCCACCCGAAGUCCUCUCCACCCUCACGCUCCAAGAAGACGCCGCCGAAUCCGAGAGGCAAGAGGUCGAUACGCCCGCACCCUCCCCGAUACCAUCCUCCAACGACCACCCAUCACGAAGCUCCUCCUCCGACAGCCUCCGCGCCUCCGUCGGCUCUCAAGCAUGCUCGCUGUGCGGCCAGUCGUUUGCCAGCGUGCAAGACCAGCGGGGCCACCUGAAGUCGGACUGGCAUCACUACAACCUGAAGCAGAAGCUGCGGGGGCGCGCGGCGGUGUCGGAGGCCGAGUUCGAGAAACUGAUCGGGACCCUAGACGAGAGCCUUUCCGGGUCCGACUAUUCAGACACGGAGGACGAGGACGAGGACGAGGAUGCGACGGGGCGCAAGGACAGCACGCUGACAGCGCUCUUGAAGAAACAGGCUACGCUGGCUGAUAGGAGCGCUAGGAGCAACGGAGAUGCGCCAGCCGAGGAGGACGACGACGGUUUUACGAGGAAGAAGCAACGCGGCAGCGGCAAACCGCCUUUAAUAUGGUUCAGCUCGCCACUGUUACCCGCGAAUAACUAUUUCGGUAUCUACCGCACCAUAUUCGCACCGGAAGAGACCAAGAACGAGAGUGACGCCGUACAGAUGGUGAAAAAGAAGCAACUGGAGUCGAUACCUGUACCGAAGCCAGGGCCGGAUGGGAAUUUCGCGCCUGCUGUCUACAAGGGGCCACAUAUAUUUUUAUGCAUGAUUGGAGGUGGCCAUUUCGCAGCGAUGGUCGUGUCGCUCGCGCCGCGACAGACGAAACACGGAAAUGCUGGGCCGUUAAACAGAGAGGCGACCGUUCUCGCGCACAAGACCUUCCACCGGUACACUACGCGGAGGAAGCAGGGUGGUUCGCAAUCGGCAAAUGACAACGCAAAGGGCAAUGCGCACUCAGCCGGUUCGAGCAUACGUCGGUACAAUGAGCAGGCUUUGGUAGAUGAGGUACGGCUACUCCUACACGACUGGAAGACUCUGCUCGACACGUCGGAGCUGCUCUUCAUCCGAGCAACAGGCGCUACGAAUCGGCGGACCCUUUACGGUCCCUACGAUGAGCAGGUCCUGCGGGCGAACGACCCGCGGAUACGAGGCUUCCCGUUCAGCACUCGGAGAGCGACCCAGAACGAACUGAUGCGGUCCUUCAUCGAGCUCACGCGGCUGAAAGUCCGGGAGUUCGACCCAGCUGCCGCCCAAGCAGCGACAAAGGCGCAGCACGAGACAUCCACCAGGACGACAUCCUCGAAGCCCGCUAAGCCCGCGAUACCAAAGUUGAGCGAGGCGGAAGAGACGGCACAGCUGCACACUUCACAGCUACAAGCUUUCAUCCGGCGUUCCAAGCUGCCAGCCCUGCUCUCCUACCUCAAGAGCAACGAUCUGCCGUCCGACUUCCGCUUUCAACCCGCGGAAUCGCAGCAGAACCACCACGCGCCCACGCCGCUACACCUAGCCGCGAGCCAGAACUCGGCACCGCUCGUGGCCGGGCUACUGGGGAAGGGCGGCGCGGACCCAACAAUCGCCAACGGCGAGGGCAAGACGGCCUUCGACCUCGCGGGCGACCGCGCGACCCGCGACGCCUUCCGCGUAGCGCGACACGAGCUCGGCGAGGCGCUGUGGGACUGGGAUGCCGCAAAGGUGCCGACGCCCCUGAAACGCGAAGAAGCCGAGAAGCGCGAGGAGCGCGAGCGCGCCGAGAGCGACAGGAAGGAGGCAGAGCGCCGCAAGGCCGAGGAGGAGCGUCUGCAGCGCGAGGGCCCGAAGGUCCCGGACAGCAGUAGUGGCAGCAGCAGUAAGGGGGCGCGCCCGGGCCGCCGGCUCCUCGACGGCGGCGUGCUGAAGACUGCGCAGGAGCGGCGCGAGGACGAGGCGCGCGGCCUGACGCCCGAGCAGCGCAUGAAGCUGGAUCGCGAGCGCAGGGCGCGCGCUGCUGAGGAGCGGUUCAAGCGGAUGCAGGGAGGUAGCGGCGUCUAG